AUGCUCCAGACAGCACGCGCACAUGUGCCGACCCUGCUGCUGCGGCGCCAGCUCUCCACCUCGACCCGCCUCGGUCGCCCGCUCCUCCUCGCCCACCCUCGCGGCAGCACCUCGUCCAGCGCUGCUGCACCAGCUCGGCAAGGCCAGCUCGCGACUCGACUCACGCCGGGACCAGCGCCCAGCACGACGCGCCUGUUCAGCUCGACGACGGUGCGCGAGGGCGAGCGCAAGCCGUUCGUGCUCGCCGACAUUGGCGAGGGCAUCACCGAGGUCGAGAUUGUCAAGUGGCUCGUGAAGGAGGGCGACACGGUCGAGGAGUUUGACCCCAUCGUCGAGGUCAUGUCGGACAAGGCGUCGGUCGAGAUCACGUCGCCGUUCUCGGGCCGGGUCGUCGGUUUGAGCGGCGCGGCGGGCGACAUGCUGCGCGUCGGCAACACGUUGUGCGAGGUCGAGGUCGACGGCGAGAGUGAGAGUGACGAGGUCCAGUCGCCGACGAUGCCGCUCGCUGCCGCCGAGCCGGUCGCCGAGACUGCAUCGUCGGACGCGCCACCGCCGCCGAGCAUGGACGGCCGACUCGAGCCUGUCGACCGCUCCGACUCGGUCUUCGUGCGGGACAAGGACGUCCUCGCGACGCCCGGUACCCGUCGGUUCGCGCGCGAGCACGGCGUCGACCUCGGCCAGCUCACCGGCACGGGCAAGAACGGCCGCGUCACCAAGGAGGACGUCUACGCGUUCGUCAGCGGCGGCAGCACUUCCCCAACCCAACCACCUCCCGCUCGCACCUCUUCCGACUCGACGACCACGGUCCCGCUCUCGCCGACCCGCCGCGCUAUGUUCCGCGCCAUGACGGCCUCGCUCGCCAUCCCGCACUUUGCGUACUCGGACACACUCGACGUCACCGAGCUCGAGCGCCUGCGCCGGUCGCUGUCGAGCAGCAUCCCGCUGUCGAUGCGCAAGGGCCUCUCGCCGGCCGACGAGGCGACCCUCGCUCGGCAGGCGCACUGGAGCGGCAUCGACGGUGGCGCAGGAGCGCAGCGAGUCGACGAGGGCAAGCGCAUCGACCGCGUCACGCUCUUGCCGCUCCUCCUCAAGGCCCUCUCGCUCGCCGUCGCCGAGCACCCUCUCUUCCUCCACACCCUCGCCCCCACAUCCUCGUCCACCUCGCCCGAGCCGACUCUCGUCCGCCGCACGUCGCACGACAUCUCGGUCGCGCUCUCGUCGCCCUCGCCCGCCGGCGGCCUCUUCACGCCGGUCCUGCGCGACGUCCAGCACUCGUCCGUGUUUGCCCUCGCGUCGCAGCUCGCCGGCCUCCAGUCGUGCCUCUCGACCUCGUCGUCGGGCUCGGCGCCCCGCUUCCCGCCCGAGCACAGCGGCGCCGGCACGCUCACGCUCUCGAACGUCGGCGUCGUCGGCGGGCGAGGGACGCACCCGGUCGUCCCGCCGACGGGGCAGCUCGCGAUCGGGGCGGUCGGCAGGGUCAGGGUCGAGCCGAGGUUCAAGCAGGGGAAGGAGGAGGAGCGGGCGAAGCGGGACGCGACUUUUACGGCCGACCAUCGCGUCGUCGAGGGCGUCGAGCUCGCCCGCCUCGUCGAGACGUGGAAGCGCAUCGUCGAGGAUCCAAGCAGGCUCAUGGGGCAGUAGAGGGCGGUGCAGCUGGAUAGAGUGCAACGGCGCAGCGGGUCGAGAAGGUC